AUGGAUCCUCUCGCCGCCGCGAUGGCUUCCGCACCCAACACCAAGGAAGAUCCUCCACCUAUUGAUGCUCUCAACUUGUCAAUGGAUUCCGUACCACCAAACAACAGAGAAGAUUCUCUACCCGAAGACGCUAGAUCUAGAUCCGAGCAAACUCCAUCAACCGUUUUGCAGUCAGAAAGCGAGAGCGCCUCAUCUUCGAUUUCGGACGGAAGCGGAAGCAACAGCGAAAGCAAUGAACUCCCAGCUGACCCCUUGAAGAUAGUGACUAGGUCGGGUCGGGUUGUUCAACCAACCAAUCAGAAUUGCGAGACAGGUUCGAAGUCAAAAGAAGAAGCCAAAAAUGACAUCAACAAUGGAAAGGAUGAGAUUCCGGUGUCGGAAGAGAGCGAUGACGAUGAAGAUACCAAUGAAUGGAUGAAAUUUAAUCAAGUAAGAAUUCACUUGAUCAAACUCAAACCGAUAAUGCCCGUUUUCUGA